ACCCGCGAGUUAGACAGUCCACAAAUCUUGUGCAGAGCUACAAGGCUUCAAUAUUACGAACAUCAGACGCAACGUAACGCAUCACAAGCUCAGUUUCUUUGUGAAAGAAUCCCCUGCGGAAGACUACAUUAUAGAGCGUAUUUCAGACGCCCAGAUAUAUGUCUCUAGAGGAUAUCGUGAACUCAUCCAGUGGCUAUCUAUCCAGUCAGACGGAAUUAAAAUGGACUUCCAGACACUGGGACGUCUCAAUAGCCUUGCUGAUUUUAUUAUCCGAUCAAAGGCAUUGAAGUCUCCUAUCUACGACGAUCGAGCAGAUCUUGUUUCACUAGAGAUCGAAGCAGAGGUUGACGGAAAUCAGUUUUUGUCUUGUUUCAGUAACGCGAUUCGACAAACCAUAGCGGAAUACCCUGGUGCUGUCAUCGCUUGCUCCUCGCUCACUCCCACUGAACCCUCCUCCUUGACGGAGACGGGACUUUUAUCAAGCUGCCUUGUCCAAAUACUGAAGCAGCGCCCUAAACUAUACCAGCAGAUGAGUAGAUCCUCCGAGCGGAUCAUAAACGCCGUGCACAACCUAAACUUUGAGCUUAGAGUCCGAGGACUUUGGGAAUGCUUAAGGCUAGCCUUUCUUCGCUCUGACAGCCCAUGUUUUUGGAUUAUUCACACAAAAGGCACUCCAGCCGAGAAGACACUCCUCUUGAAAAUAAUAAAACAACUGCAAUUCUUUUGCAAACUAGACGAAGGCUCGCGGAAAGUAAUUAUCGUUACUAGCUCGAUGUCUAGAAUUGGCCUUCCACCGUCAAAAAUACAUUCGCAAAUAUUUCUAGAUCGCGAUAUCCUAAGAGAAUCUAUUGAGAAGGAUCUUCAACAGCAAUUAGAUCUGAUUAUAACUACCAAACCUCGAAUUUCCGAUAUCAAGGAGAAAAUUUCCCAGUUACUAAACGAGCAUGGGUCGAAUCACAAGUUAAUGGAUUUCUUGUUAGACGCGUUGCGGUUCAUUCACAUCCCUAUCCCGGGCGCCCUGGCUCGCCUUGCAGAUGAUUUUACCUCAACUGCUAUGGCAUUUCGCGUUAUAUUCGAUCAAGUUCCCCACAGCUGUCAAACCUGGGCACGUAAAGUCCUCGGGUUUCUAUGCUUUUCAAUGAGGCCCAUGUCCAUAGGCGAACUCGCAACUGCUGUAGCCGUAACUGAUUGCAAAAGUCUCGAGCAACUCCAAAAGAGCAUUGCACCUGGAACGGCAGCCUAUAUUCGGGAAUUACUUCCAGGAAUAGUACGAAUUCACUCAGGAAAGGUAUACGUGGUUCACGAUGAACUGAAGUCUUUCCUCCGCCGUAACCCAAAUGACUGGUACUAUCUCGAGGAUUACCACUCGGAAAUUGCGCUGGCUUGUUACCACUAUCUUUGCCUCCUCAUAGAGCGUUUUGGUAUCUCGGACAAGUCACCGCUGAAAGCAAUUGUCCAAUGGGAACGCCGCGCCAGAUCCUAUCCAGGUAAUAUACGGGAUGCUCUUCUGGAUGAUCGUAUUUUCUGGUUAUCCUCCUAUGCUUCCAUGUACUGGUGUGAGCACUGUCUCUCUCCACAAAGUGAUGCAGCUGCGAGCCCACGGCCGGGGCCCUGGAUAACAAAUCCAAAUCGCCUGCAGGAAUUGCUCACCUUGAGAUUUUAUAGUAGAUGGCCAUUUGAUCAAAUCUGCAAAAUACCUCAGGAACGCAUGCCACCCGACCUGAGGAAGGCGGUCAAUAUGAGUGAGAUGGAUGCUUUUGAAAUGACAUUACAACUGGUUGACAGUCGGCCUAGCAAGGCAUGCCUAGAUCUGAUACACUUCCCUACCUCCCCAGCAGAAGAUGCUGUCGGUCGUUGGGUUUAUGCUAACUUCACAAAGUUAGAUAUGCAUGGGUCAGUCGCUUUAUACCCUCAAGUUAUAGAAGCACUCCUCCAGCAUCAAAAAGAAGCUACACUAGACGAUAUAUCCUGUCUACUUAUGUCUAUUGUUCUACACAAUAACUCAUCCUUCCUAGUUGACUUGCUCGGAAAACUCGAGGAUCAGGUCAAUCUUAGAGAAGUAUCAUGCGAGGCGUUGAGCUAUGCGAUUAGCUGGGGCUUCGUUGAUAUUGUGAAAAUAUUGCUAGACUACCAAGCAACUCCUCUCGGGACUUUCCGAAUCGGCUCGGAUAUUACUACACUCUUAGAUACGGCCGUCUUAACUGGCAAUGAGGAGAUGGUCCAGGUACUUCUGGACGCCGGCGCGGAUGUAAACGCGCGGGCUAAGACAGGCUUUCUAGACCGCAACAAUAGUCCCCUUCAUGUUGCCUGUCAACUCGGCCUCAUAGACAUGGUACGUCUGCUGCUCGACGCGGGGGCAGACGUCAACCUCCCAAUCGCCAACGGCAUAACUGCGCUACAUACUGCAAGUAUGCGUGGAUUUGCUUCGAUCUGUAAGCUACUUAUUAAGCAUGGCGCAUUCAUUGCAACAGAUGCACAACACCAAACGCCAUUAUACACUACAGUAAGGUGGUAUUAUAUAGGGCAGCGGUACAAAAAGACGGCCGCAACAUUACUUGAAGCUCUUCAGAACCAGUUUCCGGGUUAUAGAGAGGACAGCAGCGAUGACGCCGAAAAUCUCUCGAAAAUCAUCAACGCGCAAGCUGACUCUCGAAAACGAACCGCUCUAAUGUACGCAGCAAUGACUGGUGAUAUGGACCUGGUAAUAUCUAUGAUCAACAUCGGGGCUAGCAUACACAUCACUGAUGAGAACGACAUUGAUCCCCUAUUUAGAGCCACGAUAGUGGAUGAUAUAGACAUGGUCCGUUACUUGUUGGACAACGGCGCACAGCUUGACCGAAUACGAGACGAUGGUAGUUUACUACUGCAUGAUGCUUGUGACUACAAUAGCCAAGAGGUGAUCGAAGAAUUGUUGAAGCGAAAUACACCUGUUGACCAUCUUGAUAACGACUUGAUCCCCCCUCUUGGAUACGCGGCUAUGCAGGGCUUAAUCUGCGUAGUAAAGCAACUAAUCCCACGAAGUUCCAAAGAAACGAUAUCGCUCGCACUGAUAUCUGCGGCACGUUACGGUUACCACGAGAUUGUUAAUACCCUGCUAGAUGCUGGCGCAAAUAUCAACCAUCAAGAUGAGUUCGGCGAUACACCACUUCACGUCUCCUGUUGGAACUAUUAUCCAAGAGUGACUCGAAUCUUGCUCGCUCGCAUGCCGGAUAUAAACCGCACAGAUAACUAUAAUUGUGCUGCCAUUGAAAAUGUUGCUUGGAGAGGCGCGUCUGAGUGUCUAAAGUUGUUGCUAGAUGCUGGAGCAGAUCUUGAGAUAGUAAGCGGAUCUGGCAGGACACCUUUAUUUCAAGCAGCGGAAGCCGAUAUUGAGUGCUUCAAAAUCCUCCUAGAGCACGGAGCACAGGCAGUGUUGCCUGAGAGCAUUAAAAUACCACCUCAAUACCCAGUAUUUAAAGCUGGGGUUUCUUUCCUUGCUGGACUUGCCCAUGAAUGCUCUCCUAAUAUUAUUAGAGCAUAUGUCGAGCACCUCAAGCUCCAAGUCAGUGAGGACGCUUUCCUCUUAGAGAUCAACGAAGCUCUUGUCGCGGCGACGUAUGUUUCAAAGCUCGAGAACAUACAAAUUCUGCUAGAGUUCGGCGCAGAUCCCAACUUUAUGAUCUCAAAGUUUGACGUCGCGUAUGGCUCAGCUAUUGGCAUGGCCGUUAUCAAUGAUAAUCUAGAAAUUGUUCGGGAGCUAUUGGACAACAUGAUAACGCCUGUAGAUCUCAACAAAGUAGACGACUAUCGCACCACGCCUCUCCAACUAGCAAUGGACUGGGGCUUGCCAAGCAUUCGAGAAAAGAUGUUGGAUUUGCUUCUCACACACGGAGCUGAUCCUACAAUCUCGAGUGGCACUUAUGGAACGGUUCUGAACGCAACUUGCGUGGUCGAAGACGAUGAAAUUUUCAAUAAGAUAGUAAAUUUGCCUGGAGUCUCUCGAGAUGUUGCGGAUGACCUAGGGCGACUCCCUCUUCAUCUCGCAGCACGGCGAUGCCCUACUGAUACAAGAAUCGAUUUGCUAACUACAGAAAGUUCUACAUUCAGAAGCACAGAUAAGCAAGGGCGUAAUGCUCUUCACCAUGCUGCAGCCGGCGGCCGGUAUAUCACGAUUGAGAAGAUAUUAAAAGAAUGCCCUGACUUGAUCAAUGCCCCAGAUCGUGAUGGCUGGACCCCACUCCAUUGGACUUGUCGACAAGAUAACAUACAAGCCACGAGGUCCUUGAUUAAUUAUGGAGCUAAUAAAGAAGCCAAAACUCACGAUAGGUGGGCUCCUCGCCACGUUGCUAUCUACCACGGAAAGACAGAACACCUAGACUUCUUCCCAGAAGACGGGGGCGAUGCCGAUGAUGAGGAGUUACCUAGUGAAGCUGCCGAACGAGUGAACGAUGACCUCUGCGACUCGUGCUUCUGUGAUAUAUACGGGACGGGAUAUCGUUGUGGCACAUGCCCUAAGUAUUGGCUCUGCUUCAAGUGCUACUGGAUCUAUGAGGAGACACACCCUAGACUUCAUGUAUUCUCGCGACAUGAUCAAGAUUCACAUGAAAUAGAUACACCACCAGGUGAUAACCCAGAAGCUGGAAAUGGACAGGAUGGGGAGAGUAGUUCAUCUAUGACUUGUGUAGACUUAGGUAGUUACGAUGGAUAGGCUUGCUGGAAGGUUAUAUGACGAGGAUAGGAGGAGUGAUGGACUUGGCUAACCGGGAAAAUUAUAGACUAGACACUGAGUCCGGCUUAGGUAUAUCGAUCGUGAUUUCAGGGGAGGGGGCUGC